CUUCUUACCCAAGCGCCUAUAAAUACAAACAUAUUUGCAUUAGUUUCAUCAAAUUUAGCCUUUUAAAUUUGUGUCAGAUCUAAAGAGAAACAACCAUGUGGUCUGUGGUAACGGAUCCCAUUAGAGCUCUUGUUACAAGAGUUCUCCACCAUAUCAUCCACAAAGACUUCCAUGAAGCAGUGGCCAAGAUGACCAUAAUAGAUGCUUUUCUCUUCCUUAUUGUACACUCCAUUGAUAAGUUGGGAAUAUGGCCACGUCUUCCUGUUUUCUUAGGGCUUGUGUACUUGGCCAUUCGACGACACCUUCAUCAAGAGUACAACCUCUUCAACGUUGGGACAACACCAGUGGGUGUUAGGUUCAACCAUUCUGAUUUUCCAUACAGAACAGCCGAUGGGAAAUAUAAUGAUCCUUUCAACGAAGCUGCAGGCAGCCAAGGGACCUUCUUUGGCAGAAAUAUCCUCCCUGUGGACCAGAAAAAAAAGCUAUUGAAGCCUGAUCCUAUGGUGGUAGCCACAAAACUUCUAGCGAGGAAGACAUACAAAGACACCGGGAAGCAAUUCAAUGUGAUAGCAGCUUCUUGGAUUCAAUUUAUGAUUCAUGAUUGGAUCGAUCAUCUAGAGGAUACCAACCAGAUUGAACUCAUUGCACCAAGAGAAGUUGCAAGCCAAUGCCCACUAAAAUCUUUCAAGUUCUACAAGACAAAGGAAUUUCCCACCGGCUUCUACGAGAUCAAGACCGGAGCAUUAAACAUUCGUACACCUUGGUGGGAUGGAAGUGCCAUAUAUGGAAGCAAUGGAGAAGUUUUAGCAAAAUUGAGGACAUUCAAAGACGGAAAGAUAAAGAUAUCAAAGGAUGGUCAUCUUCUCCACAACCAAAAUGGAACAGCCAUCGCCGGUGACAUCCGCAACAGUUGGGCCGGUGUUUCGACUUUGCAGGCCCUAUUCGUUCAAGAGCAUAAUGCAGUCUGUGAUGCUCUCAAGAAAAAUUACCCUGAGUUGGAAGAUGAAGAACUUUAUCGUCAUGCUAGAUUGGUGACCUCAGCUGUGAUUGCAAAGGUUCACACCAUAGAUUGGACUGUGGAGCUCCUUAAGACCGACACUUUACUUGCAGGCAUGCGUGGAAAUUGGUAUGGAAUAUUGGGGAAGAAAUUCAAGGAUACAUUUGGGCAUGUUGGUGGAGCCAUCUUAGGAGGAUUAGUGGGUCUUAAGAGACCAGAAAAUCAUGGUGUCACGUACUCUCUAACUGAGGAAUUUGUGAGUGUUUAUAGAAUGCACUCACUCUUGCCUGAUAACCUGCAAUUGAGAGACAUAUCUGCUACCCCAGGGCCUAACAAAUCUCCACCGUUGAUCAAAGAGAUUCCAAUGAAAAAUUUGAUUGGACUUCAAGGUGAACAAACAUUAACAGAAAUAGGAGUUGCAAGACAACUUGUGUCAAUGGGUCACCAGGCUUGUGGGGCAUUAGAGCUUUGGAACUAUCCACUAUGGCUGAGAGAUCUGGUAUCACAAAACGUGGAUGGCACAGAAAGGCCUGAUCAUGUGGAUCUUGCUGCUCUUGAAAUUUACAGAGAUAGAGAAAGGAGUGUGGCUAGAUACAACCAGUUUAGGAGGGCACUAUUGUUGAUACCAAUCACCAAGUGGGAGGAUCUAACGGAUGACAAAGAAGCAAUUCAAGUAUUGGAAGAAGUAUACGGUGAUGAUGUUGAAGAGCUUGAUACAUUGGUAGGCCUCAUGGCAGAGAAGAAAAUAAAAGGAUUUGCAAUCAGCGAGACAGCUUUUAUAAUAUUCCUACUCAUGGCAAGCAGGAGGCUAGAAGCUGAUAGGUUUUUCACAAGCAACUUUAAUGAGGAAACAUACACCAAGAAGGGAUUGGAAUGGGUGAACACAACUGAGAGCUUGAAGGAUGUAAUUGAUCGUCACUACCCUGAAAUGACACAUAAAUGGUUAAACUCUACCAGUGCUUUCUCUGUUUGGGACUCACCUCCAAACACCCACAAUCCCGUUCCUCUCUACCUUCGUGUUCCUCAUUAAUCUACUUGUCUUUAGAAUAUCACUAUGUUGUUUAUAGUGGACAUAUAUUUGUGUGUUUUGUAUUUGAGUGUUCAACCCUUUGUUGUAUUUGAUGAAUACCAUAUCCUAUUUGUACUUUGAAAUUCCACCUAUUUAUGGACUUGCAUUUAGUCCUCGGCAUUUUCUUUGGUGCAAGUUUUGUUUAGAGGGUACCAAAACCCUCUGUGACUAGGACCACAUAAACGAUGACAUGUGUUAAUUUUGUUAGAACUUAUAUUUUUUAAGAAUGUUUUAAUAUUUGUUAUUUAACUCUUAUUAAUUUAUAACCUUUUAAAUAAUAGCCCCCCAGCCUAUUUAAAUAUGUUUUAUCUUCUUCAUCUCCCUACCCGUUUUAUUUUCAUUUUUCCUCUUCUCUCUGGCGCAUCUCUGCCAAGCAUCUCUCAUUCUCUCCUCCGCUACUGGACAAUCUAUUCUCCCUACGAAAAGGACCAUUUGCUUCUUCUGUUUGUUUCCAAGUCACUGCAUGAGUUAAAAAGGCUGCGUCUUUGACUUGGAAUUGUGAAUGGGGUUUCGGGUUAUGUGAAGAGGAACAGAUCCGCAACGUUUUUUCUUUUGGCAUUUUAAGUGGGAAUAAGGAGUGGGUUUUGGUUUGCAGAGAGAGAAAGUGAAGAGAGAGUGAGAGAGGUUGAGGUUUAUGAUGUAUGGAACUUUGUGCAGCGAUUGCAAAGGGUGGUGACGUUUUGGUGAAUCUCUCACAUGAAAUGGUGCUUGGCAUUUUAAGUGGGAAUAUAAGAAGUGGGUUUUGGUUUGCAGAGAGAGAAAGUGAAGAGAGAGUGAGAGAGGUUGAGGUUUAUGAUGUACGGAACUUUGUGCAGCGAUCGCAGAGGGUGGUGGCAUUUCGGUGAAUCUCUCACAUGGAAUGGUGCUUUUCUUAGGGAGAAUAGAUUGUCCAGCAGCGGAGGAGAGAAUGGGAGGUGCUUGCCAGAGAUGCGCUAGAAAGAAGAGGAAAAAUGAAAAUGAAACGGGUAGGAA